UAUGAGUUUAAUGCUGAUUUUUAGUGUGUGUGUGAUUGUGUUGUAGGUGGUUGAUGGAGGAAGAGUUGAAGAAGAGUAUGAGACAGCAGACAAGAAGAGGGACCUGCAGGACCUCCUCAGACAGGAAAUGGACAUGCAUCUUACUGGUAGGCAUGAGACGACUCAUAUGAUGAAGAUGAUGAGGAUGUUGAUGUUGAUGUUGAUUAUGAUGAUGUCAGAGGGCAGGGCCAGCGUCCAAAGGAAUCAGGAGAGAGUGAACCGCAUCACGCAGCUGAAAGAAGAGAUCAGAUUACAGGAGACACACAGAGAUUCCGGCCAAUCACACGCCACCAGCACGGCUGAUCAUGAGAAACUCCUGGAGCGCAGAAGGAGACUGAGAGAGACUCACGAGAGACUGAUCGAGAACGAACUGAUGAAGAUGGAGAGAGAAUUACAGGAGGAGCAGAUGGGUGGUGCGGAGGGCGAAAUGUCAUACCUGUGCAGAGAGAGACACAUCCUGGCUCUUCAGAUCGAGGCGCUGCGCAGGGAGAACCAGCAGGCGUAUGCAGACCUGGAGACCCAGAGCAGACAACACCAGCAGGAGAUCAACAACCUCAGAGAAGAGAGUCUGCAGGUGUUUAGGGCAUUUCGUGAGGUUCUGGAGGAACAGAGGUGGAUGUCUGAGAGAAGGUACAGGAAUCUGCUCUUAGAUGCGAUUCAGGACGCGGUUCAUCUGUCCUCGCAAAACCUGCAGCUCCAGGAGGAAAUCCAGCAGCUCCGGAAAGGUCUCAGUCCCACUCCAUGACACAUCUGACCCAACAUGGGAAAAAGAAAGUCACUGGAAAAGAUCAAAUCGAGUUAUUUUUAACUUGAUGUCCAUGGAGGGCGUCAGUGACAGGCAUUUGAUUACCAGGAUGAAUGUGUGAAAACAAACAGGAAUGCAUUGCCAUUGCAUUGCAUUUGUCAAGCAGUUUUCCUGUCCACACUAACAGUGAAAAAGUGAAACUAUUCAGGAAAACCUUCCAGUGUAAGGGAAAUUAAAAAAUCUUGAUUCACCCUUUCAUAAAUUGAGGGCUAAAAAUGUCUUAAAUCAAAGCAGAAAGCCUUAAUUUCAUAAAGUCAUGACAUUAAAUGUUGCAUGCAGCGCAACAUGAAUAUCUUCCACAGUAUGUUUGUUUUGUUUCCCAAUAGAAAUAUCUAAACAUUUUUAAUCACAAUACAUUUACUUGAGAUGCAAAUUGAUCAUAUGUGACCCUGGACCACAAAACCAGUCUCAAGUCGCUGGGGUAUAUUUGUAGCAAUAGCCAACAAUAAUACAUUGAAUGGAUCAAAAUGAUUGAUUUUUCUUUUAUGCCAAAAAUCAUUAGGACAUUAAGUAAAGAUCAUGUUCCAUGAAGAUAUUUUCUAAAUUUCCUACCGUAAAUAUAUCAAAACUUCAUUUUUGAUUAGUAAUUGCAUUGCUAAAAACUUAAUUUGGACAACUUUAAAGGCGAUUUUCUCAAUAUUUAGAUUUUAUUGUCCUAUUCAGAUGACAUAUAAACCUCAAUUUAAAAAAAAAUUACUCUUAUGACUGGUUUUGUGGUCCAGGGUCACAUAUGAUGUCUUGUUUUCUGAGGAAUUUAACAAAAUGAAGUGAGUUUAUGCUUAAAACAAAAACAAAUAUCCAUCAGUGGGGAAUUAAAACUUGUUUUCCUUGUGAAUUAGUUCGAUUUUUCUUUUGUUUUUAUCUAAAGAUACGUUUGCAGGUAUAAUUAACCUCAAUAGUCCCAAAACACAUUAGAGACAGUGUUGUUACAGUUAACUAAUAUUAAAACUAUUAAAAAUUAAUUUAUCAUUUUGUUCAUUGAAAUAAACAAACCAAAAUAUAAAUAUUAGAAAUAUUGCAACUGAAAUAAAAUAGUUUACGUUGAAGUAAAAUUACAAAUACAGAAAUAAAAAUAAAGCUAAAUAGAAAUAGAAACAAAAAAACAAAAUGAUAAAAAUGGCUAAAAAAACUAAAAUUAAAAUGUAAAAAUAAAACAAACUGAAAAUAUUAAUAAAUAAUAGCAUAUAAAUAAAACUCUGAUCAAAAAGACAGCAUUUUUCUGUAUAAUAAAUA